UGUUGCUACACAAGCUGCGGUGACAUCAUCAGUGAUGCGCUGAAGCCAGAGCUAGCCGGUGGUGGCGUCCUCAGCGUAGUGAAGAUACCAGACACCUCGCCCGUCUGUCAUCCGACAACCAAACACAGACAUGUCUGACUUCACAGAGGACCAGAUCAUGGAGUUCAAGGAGGCCUUCCUUUUGUUUGACCGGACGGGUGAGGGGAAGAUCACCUACAGCCAGUGUGGUGAUGUUAUGCGGGCCCUUGGACAGAACCCUGUCAAUGCUGAGGUGCUCAAGGUCCUGGGAAACCCCAAGUUAGAAGAGAUGAACCACAAGAUGCUGGAUUUUGAACAGUUCCUGCCCAUGCUUCAGGCCAUCGCUAAGAACAAGGACCAGGGCUCCUUUGAGGACAUUGUAGAGGGUCUGCGUGUCUUUGACAAGGAGGGAAACGGUACAGUGAUGGGAGCAGAGCUACGUCAUGUUCUCACUACACUAGGUGAAAAAAUGACAGAGGAGGAGGUGGAGACUCUUUUAGCAGGACAUGAAGACGCCAAUGGCUGCAUUAACUAUGAAGUGGCCUCCAUGCGACGUAUGCUGUUACGUAAUGCCAAGGGCUGAGGGUAAGUGAAUGAGGAACUCGUCCGGAUGGUGAUGAGCGGUUGAGGAUUUCAGAAAAAACACUUUCAGCUUUAAUUUUAUUCCUAAAUAUUUUUGUAUUGUUUUCUCAUCUUGCCCUUCCAUCCAUGCCAUCCUACCUCCAACAAGUCUGUGUUAUCUUUUCUUUUUUCUUUUUUUUAGACAUCUUUAUUUUAUUUUAAAAGUGCCUUUUCUGUCUAAUGUGAAGAAAUCCUUUCAUCUCAUUUCCAAACUUCAUUCAGCCUCGCAGGAACAAUUGGCAUUGACAUUCCCCUGUUCCAUCUUUGUCAGUCUUGUUGUUAACGUUUUUGUUUUUUUUCUUUGUUUGGAUGGAUAUGAUAAUGUUACAUGUUACAAAUAACAGUAUUGAAUAAAAAUGGUUUCCAAAGUGUC